AUGUCCGGCAUCUCGAUCUCGCUGGGCAAGACGCCCUCAAACAUGGAGCUCCUCAUGGCAAAGGCCAAGGGCGGACCGGCGAAGUCUGCCAAGCCUAAGCUCGCCUUCGACGAUGAUGACGAUGACGACGAUGCGCCCGACACGCUCGGCGGUCCCUCGACAAGCUCUGGCGGUCUGAAGAAGCCGAAAGGCAAGUCAAAGCCAAAUCUUCACGAGCCUCCGGAACGCAAGCCUGCUGCCGAGAAGCCGGCGCUCCUCUCUCGUUCCGAGCGAAAGGCUCAGGAAGCUGCUCUCGCGCUCGACGCAAGCGUCUUCGACUAUGAUGGCGUUUACGACACGAUGAAGGCGGCCGAGCGGCGAGUGGAGGAGGCUAAAGCAGCUAGCGAGGACAAGACGAAACCGAAGUACAUCGAGAGCUUCCUGGCAGCCGCGCAGACUAGAAAACUCGACCGCCUCCGCGCCGAGGAGAAGAUGCUGCAGCGAGAGCGUGAGAAGGAGGGCGACGAGUUCGACGACAAGGAGAAGUUUGUCACCGAGGCGUACAAGAAGCAGAUGGAGGAAGUGCGCAAGGCUGAGGAGGAAGAGAAGGCACGCGAAGAGGCGCUGAAGAGGUCGAACAAGGGACCAGGACUCACGACACUGUACAAGUCUAUGCUCGACAGCGACGAGGCGAAGCAUUCCGCCGCCAUGGCCGCCGCUUCUGGGCGCGUUGUUGGACCGUCACUUCCUUCUGGGCCGUCGCUUGCCAUUAAGCCACCGACGAAACGCGAUGAGGACGAGGCGGACGAGGAGGAGGAGUAUGACCCGAUGCUCGCGCGCGAGAUGAAGGCCGCCGCUGCAGCCGAGGCGAGCAAGGCGAGCGGCAAGGCAGUCGAGGUGAAUGACGACGGCGAGGUGGUUGACAAGCGGACACUACUGAAGGCGGGCCUGAACAUCACCAAGAAGCCCUCGCCUGCACCAUCUUCGCUUCUCUCCGGCCAGCGCUCGAAACCGACAGAGAAUGACCAACCUUAUGUCUCUCGAGCCGUCGGUACCGCCGCCAGCUACAAGGAGCGCAUGGAGCGCGAGCGUCGCCGUCUUGCGGAGCAGGUGCGCGAGCAGGAGGAGCGUCGCCGUGCGCGCGAGAGGCAGGAGCAGGAGGAAGCCGAGGAGCGUGCCCGCCGGAGGAGAGAAGGUGCGGACGGAGAGGCGGAGAAGAGGAGACAGGAGGCGCGUGAGCGGUUCCUCGCCCGCAAGCGGGAACGCGAAGCGGCCAAGGAAGGAGCGAACAAGAAGCAGAAGGAGAACUAG